AUGGCGCUGAGACACACAAUCUCACCGCAGCUCUCGAAUCGCCCAAGUCCACCGAUCACACGAUCGGUUUCUCGCAAUGGACAUCGUCCAACCUUCGAAACAUCGACACCGGUGACACGUCGAAGUCUUCAGCCAGGAAUGGAAAUCGGAACAAUUGAAAGAGUGUUCGAACAGGCAGAUGACUCAACAAUCGAUCUCAACUCAUCAAAAUUCGUAUAUAAAGAGCAUUUCACUGUCAAAGAAAGGACAUCGAUGCAGAAAGAAAUGUGGUACGACUGGCUGGUGUAUCACAUUCGAAUGAUCCGACGUCAUCUGUUUCCCAACACUGAAAAAAUACGCGAAACUUUGUUGGUGCUGGUUCUCCUUUUCAUCCUUCAUAAGUAUGCUCUUGACUGCUGGUAUGAUCCAACAACCAAGGCGGAGCAACCAAUCAAUCAUCAGUCGAGAAUCGAAUUUGACAGUAAAUGGACUCCGGAAAUUGAGAGAAUAAUCGAAGAAUCGAACAAAAAUCUUCAAAUGAGCAUCUCCAUCAUCAAAGAUCGCGAGAACCAGCUGGAAGAUCGAACAACUCACCUCGAGACUUUAUCCGAUGAUGAAAAGGGGUGGAAAGAAUCAGUGGUAGAGGAAAUCAGGAAGAUCAAAGCCUCUCAAACAGCAAUCGAUCAGCUGGUGGAGUCGUUGAAGAAAGAUUUGGAGGAAAACAAACUAUCGAAGGUGAUAAUCACAGAAGAAGACAGGCAGCCUACUGGACCACCAGAACCACCAGGAUCCUCCUCGAGCAUUCUUCUGCAUCCAAUGCACUUCCUCCACCGCUCUCCCAUUGGUGUCAACGUGGCGAACAGUCUCAUCGGCGCGUCGAUUGACUAUUCGUGCUCUUCUCGUCCAGUCUCCGCGAAAGACGGGAUCUUUUACGAUAUCAUGUCCUAUUUCGGUUCGUUCAAAGAAGGAUACGUCCUGCUCGAUCGCGAGGUCCUGACUCCGGGAGAAGCUUGGUGCACCUACGACAAACGUCCCACGUUGACUGUUAAACUGGCUAGAUUCGUCAUUCCGACUGCUGUCUCCUAUCAGCACGUUCGUUGGAGCGGAAUAGUUCCGAAUCAUGCACCCAAACUUUAUGAUUUGGUGGCAUGUCUCGAUUCAUGCUGCACUCAAUCUGAACCACUUAUCCUGAAUUGUGAGUACACAGCUUCUGAAGAGGGUCCAGACGAGCAAGAACAGUUCUGCUCUAUUCCGACAAUCAAUAGUAUGCAACCCAUUAAUCAUGUGCAAUUCCGUUUCCGUGAGAAUCAUGGAAACAUGACGAAAACGUGUGCAUAUCUUGUUCGUGUCUACGGAAAACCAGUCAAUCCACAACCGCCACUGACAGAGCAAGAUGCCGCCGCACUGGACAAUGGAACGACUUCACAUCUCGAAUCGACACUCGUGGACUCAGUUCCAGAAUCUGCUUGA